AUGCCAUCAGCAACAACUAAAAACACCCCAACUUCGUCAGCCAAUUCUGCCCCCAAGGGUAAAGUAGACACUGAAAAGUUGUUGGAAUUAGUAUACACUUUACAAUUUGCUUGGUUUGUUGGUAACGUGCUCACUGUUGUUGGUUUCAUUGCCAGCACAUUAACUUUUCUCAGAAUUUUGCCAUCCUUGUACAAAAUAGACUACUUGGUUACGUUAUUGGGAGUCUUGAUCUCAUUUGGAAUCUUGGUUCUUCAAUUGGUUCAAAAAAAUGGUCUUAGAUUUGGUAUCUUGAUUAGGGAUGAUAAUACUCAUUACAUUUUGUUGGGAGGAUUCUUACUUUUCCUCAGACCUUAUGUUUGGUUAACUUUAGUUCCAUUUGCCAUUUUUUCAACUUUCCAUGUGUUGGCUUAUGUCAAUGGAUACAUUUUACCUUUGGUUGGCUUGGACAAGAGCAAUUUGUCAACAACAAUUACCAAUUUUGUCAGUCAAAACAAUGCGAAAUCAAUUGAAGCAGCAAGCGGAAUUGAAUUGCUUACUUAUGUUUGGUUACUUUUGAGAAUGAUUACUUUUAGAAAAAGAUCAUUGAGCCCUGUAUUGGUUUACACUGUUUUCUUAAAGAAGAGAUAUGAAGUUAGUGGUUUUACAAGAAGUUAUGUUAAAUCAAUUGCUGAUGCUGGUGACAAGAUUGUCAAUGAUGUAAAUCAUCCAGUAUUGCGUGAUAUUUGGGCCCAUAUUAGAAAUGUGUUUGGAAUUGUUGACAAGUAUAAGUUGGUCAAUGAUUACACUCAACAAGAGCAAAAGACCAAAUAG